AAGGUCGCAAGAUUAAUUUAAAAUUUUUAUGGGCGACAAUCAACAAAGCAUUCUUCUUUUCAUUGUGCACAUUUCCAAAGCAGCUUCUAUUAUUUUUAAUAUUUCGGCGCCUUAUUUGUGUUUUUUUGCUCGGAGCUUCAUUAUAUUUAAAAAUUUAAUUUCAUAAAAAUGAAAUGGAUUCGCGCUGCAUCUCGAUUAUACUGACUGGAUUACAGCGAUAAGAAUUUGCCCUUGAGACAAAAUGAAGAACAUUUUGGCUCGCGUGGCUCUCAGGAGCAUGGUGCUCAAAACAAACUACAGUGCCAGGAUGUCGCACACCGCUGCCAAUGCACAGAAGACGCAGGCAAAGAUGCAGGCGAAGAAGCAGCUGACCUCGGACGAGGUCAUGCACCGCGAGGAGCAAUACAGUGCCCACAACUACCAUCCGCUGCCAGUGGCCAUCUGCAGAGCAAAAGGUGUCCACAUGUGGGACGUGGAGGGUCGCGAGUACUUGGAUUUCCUGAGCGCCUACUCGGCAGUCAAUCAAGGUCACUGCCACCCCCGUAUUUUGGCCGCCCUGCAGGAGCAGGCGGCCAAGCUCACCCUCACCUCCAGAGCCUUCUUCAGUGACAUGCUGGGCGAGUACGCUGAAAUGGCGACAAGCCUGUUCGGAUACCAGAAGCUGCUGCCGAUGAACACCGGGGUGGAGGGUGGAGAGACGGCGUGCAAGUUGGCCAGGAAGUGGGCCUACACCAAGAAGGGAAUCCCUGAGAACCAGGCCACCAUCAUUGUCGCCGAGGGAAACUUCUGGGGCCGCACCCUUGCUGCCAUUUCCUCGUCCACCGACCCCUCCAGCUACAAGGGAUUCGGACCAUUCAUGCCCGGCUUUAAACUGGUGCCCUACGAUGACCUCAAAUCCCUUGAGGAGGCGCUGAAAGACCCGAACGUGUGCGCCUUCAUGGUGGAGCCGAUCCAGGGUGAGGCGGGCGUCGUCGUGCCCCAGGACGGCUACCUGAAGGGCGUGCGCGAGUUGUGCACCAAAUACAACGUCCUGUGGAUCGCCGACGAGGUGCAAACCGGUCUGGCAAGGACCGGUCGCCGCCUCGCCGUCGACCACGAGGGUGUCCGACCGGACAUUCUGAUUCUUGGCAAAGCCCUCAGUGGUGGAUUCCUGCCCGCAAGUGCUGUUCUGGCUGACGACGAAGUUAUGCUGUGCAUUCAACCUGGAGAGCACGGCUCGACCUACGGCGGAAACGCUUUGGCCUGCAGAGUGGCCAUGGAGGCCCUGCAUGUGCUCGAAGAUGAGAAACUGGCCGAGAACGCGAACCGCCUGGGAGAAAUCUUCAGGAGCGAACUGAGGAAGCAGCUGCCCUCCGACCUGGUCAGCACCGUCAGGGGCAAGGGCCUGCUCAACGCCAUCGUUAUGAACCCAGAAAUCGAUGCCUGGGAAGUUUGUCUGCGCAUGAAAGAAAUGGGACUUUUGGCGAAACCGACUCACGGCCACAUUAUUCGACUGGCACCACCCUUGGUCAUCAACGAAGCGCAAAUCAUGCAGAGCAUUGAAAUCAUCACCAAGGCUGUCCUCGCUUUCAGAAAAUAAUGGUAUUUUAUCCCCCUACAUAUAUCGGCAAUCAAAAUUGGUUAAAAUUUUAAUGUCAAAAAUCUAAAUAAAUAUUUUUACUAAAAA